GAUGUUACCAAGGUUUCGUGAUGUUCACAGCUCAAGUUUACUUUCCGAAAAUGUUACAUUGAACAAAAGCUGGUCAAUUGAGUUACCAGAUUUUGGUCCGGAGGAAUUUCGUACAGGGCUACAGAUAUUUUGUAUCUCUCCAUGCGCAUCGGCAUUUCCAAAUGCAGUGGUAACAACAGCCAAUGGUGAUCGAGCAUUGACAUUAUUAAUUGCAGUAAUUGCGACUAUGAUAUCAGUCUUCACAGUUCCCGUCAUGACCACUUGGUUGAUACCAGCAUUUCAAAAUGCCAGUGUCAGUUUUCUCACCAUACUGCCUAGAGUGCUGUUGUUUAUCCUUUUACCGUUGAUCGUUGGAAGACUCUUGAGAUUUAUCGGACUUGUAAAAAAGAUUGUGAUAAAAAUAAAUACAUCUUUGAAGUUCGUCACUUCUGGGGCUCUACUUGUUAUGUUCUGGGUGAAGAUUAGUCAAGCAACAGCGAAAGGAGACCUUCAAAGAUUUUCACCGUGGAUUAUUUUGGCCGUAACAGCUCUUGGUACAGCUGUGAUUACUUCAUUUCUUGUGAUAUCCUUUAUAUUGGCUUCUCUACUUCGUUUACCUAAGAAAUCAAUCCUAGCUGUUACAGUGCUUUCUUCAGCAAGACAUUCGAGUAUCGCUAUUGCUGUUAUUGAAAAUUUACCAGACAAUGUUGGCGAUAAAGAUCUUAUGUUCUUUCCUAUAAUAUUUGUUUAUCUAGCCAUGAUUGUUAUUAUCAAUAGUUAUGGUGUAGUUAUGACAGUAAAGAAAGAAGAGAAUAAUAUUGAGCAAGAUGCUGCCGACAUGGCUGAAGACAAGGUUGAUAGUGGGGAAGGACUGGAUUUACUAGUCAAUCCGUUGGAACAGACAACGAGAUUACCUAAAUCAAAUAACAGUGACGACAUUAUCCUGCUAACGGUGCCAACUGUGCAAUGGUUUACCGCUGUUUAAUUCAAACAUGCAACAAAUAUAUAAACGAUAUAAACCUUUAACCCAAAUUAACCUGAUAAUUGAAGUUGCACUAGUUGGUUUUAGCAGAUGGAACAUUUGAACUUGCAUUCCGAGUUUUCCUCACGCAGUUAAACUGUAGGAGGGGAUAUUGAGUACAAAAUGAAGGAUGCAAAGCCAAAUUCUGAUUGUGGCGGUGGUGCUUGAAUCUGGGAAAUCUAGAAAAGAUUAGCAAUUUCGUAUCAAAUUAUACCAAUAUACCCCGCAGUAAAAACGCUUUUGACACAGUAAAAAAGUACGAGUUAGGUGCAAGAUAAUGUAUUAGCACUUUGUAGUAUGUAAGCCCGACAGUAAGCCAAUCUUUCUUGAAUGUAAUUACACUAAUUUCAUCUGUCGAGCUCCGAAAAAUAUUAUUUUACUUUCUCUUCAAAUAAGACAACUGCAUGAUUUCAAAAAUUCUUAAUCGGUCACAAUCAACAUUUCUACUUUGCCCACUUGAAAUUCCUGAAAAAAGGCCCUACAUGUUUGUAGGCGCACAAUCCACAAUUAUAGAUAAGACGGGGGUAUAAUUUUCUAUUCUCCAUGAAUUACGUGGUAAGGGAAUAUUGUAAGGUCAGUGUAUGAUAAUUCACUAGCUGCUUUAUAAAACGCA